CCGUCGUUAGUGCGUGCGAUAGGAGAACAUGGUUGAGAUGAGUUAUCUGAGGAUAUUCUUGGCACUGUUAGUGCUGUACGGUUGCAGUGUGAACGCUGGCGAGGAAAGCAUCAUCGGCGAUCAGUCUGCAAACCAGGCGGAACAACCGAGAAGUGUUGCCCCAAGUUCUGACACAGGUUCUGGCGCCACAACUUCCGGUGCUGAACAAGGAGCAGAAAAAAGGAACACCAAACGGCAUCUCUCCUUCGGUUUCGGUCAUGGUUUUGGCAGUGGUGGCGGCUUCUCAGCAGGCGUUGGAUAUGGUUCGAGCGUCGGAGUAGGCUACGGUUCCAGCAUCGGUUAUGAUGGUGGAUACGGAGCAGGCUAUGGAUACGGUGCGGGCUAUGGUGGUGGAGCGCGUUUCGGCGGUUUUCGAGGUUAUGGGGGCGGGUACGGUGGCUUCCGAGGGGGAUAUGGUGGAGGUUACGGUUACGGAGGCUAUGGCGGUUACGGUGGUUAUGGUGCCGAAGGAUUUCACGGUUUCAACGCUCACUUCUCCAAACCGAUCGUAACGGCCACCAUCAAGGAGCACAUCCCGAUACCGGUGCCGAAACCAUAUCCGGUGUUUGUCAAGAAAACGAUCCCUGUGCCAUAUCCGGUCCAUAAGCCCGUCCCCUAUCCGGUGUUUGUGAAGAAAACCAUCCCGAUACCGAUCGAUCGGCCGGUGCCGGUCGUUGUGCCGCAUGCCGUACCCGUACCCGUGACAAAGCACGUGGCCGUCCCUGUGCCCCAACCGUAUCCCGUCUCGGUUCCGCAUCCCGUACCGGUGAAGGUACCAACACCGAUCGUCGUGUCGAAACCACUCGUCGCUUAUACGCCGAUCGUCAGCACGCCGAUCGUCAGUACGCCGAUCGUCAGUGCACCGAUCGUCAGCACACCGAUCGUUACCAGCGCUGGCCACAUUUCCGUUUCCGACCAUGGCAUCCACCAGACGCACCACUCGCACAACCACUACGGUGGGGCAACCGGGGGCGGUGUUUACAAGGCAGCAUACACUUCCGGUGCCAGUGCUGGUCUGUACGGUGCCGGACAUCAUGCGUACGGUAGUGCCGGUGGGCACUAUGGUGGACACUAUGGUGGUCACUUUGGCACUUCCGGGGCUGGUAUCGCUCACUUCGGUGCCGGGAUUGGUGGUGGAUCGUACGGAGCGCACUAUGGAGCCGGUGCUGGGCAUUAUGGGACUGCGGGUGCCCAUCUGAGCACCGGAGUCCUGUGCGAUCACUAGCGGUCCCCAUUGCUCCUCGUGUCCUAGGUUUAAUGCACUUUGUUGAGA